AUGCAUUUCAAGGUGCCCUUGCUGAUCUCGCUGGCUGCGGCUGCUCGGGCCCUACAUACUCGUGAUGUCGAGCCGUGCGCGCAGAUCACCAAUCUGGUCUCGGACGCCAAUCAAAACAAAGUCGGCGCUAAAGUUCCCCACGAUCUGGCGCAUCAAUGUUUAAUGUCUAUGCCCUUUGACUCUAGCCGUGCGGUAACUUUCCUCACUCAAGUUCGCAAGAUUCUCGAAUUCCAGUCGACCGUUGAUAUUUUGAAGCACCCUCCGUCUGGCUAUACGAUGCCACCUACGGAUCUUCUUGGAGGAAUUGGUUCGAUUUUGGACAAGGUUAACAGCAACGGCUAUUCUAGUCAAUUCGAAAUGGAUUUGGAGGUAUCUCAUCUCAUCAAGUCGGCCUAUGAUGGUCACUUGAGCUUCCAACUAUGCUCGCAGUCUAUCUUCAACUAUGUGAUUGAUAUGCCACUUGUGUCCAUUUCGACAGACGGACUCUCGCUGCCACAGGUGUACACUCUGAGCGAUGCGCAGCUAUAUCAAGGAGGUGCCAAAAACGUGUCACCCCUCGAGUCCAUCAAUGGUACUGAAGUGGCUGAAUACCUUGAAUCAUACGCUUCUCUCCAAAGUCUGCAAGACCGUGAUGCGCAGUACAACCGAGUGUUCCCAGCAUUGGCCCGCAGCGUCACUAACACUCCCACUGAUGAGAACGGCACCUGGUAUACCACUGCUGACUGGACUGACGGCUCGCAUCUCGGCCUCAAGUACAGCAAUGGAACUACCCAAACAGUGGAGAGAAUGGCCUCGCCAAAUGAGAGAUAUUUCUCCUAUCAAAAUGGCACGGAAUUGUACACGGUCAAUUGCCUUCCCCAGAGCUUGCCUUCAGCUUCUACCUCCUCCUCUGGUGCAGAAGAAGCCUCCGAAAUCAGCGGGCUCCCAGAUACCGAAUGGCGCAACUCAGAAAACUCCAUCGCGGGCUACUUCUCUAAUAUCACCGGCCUCCAAGACGCAGGAAUCAUGUUCCUCCCCACUUUCUCCUCUAGCCCAAAGGAGGCCGCGCAAGUUGCCACUGAUUUUUUGCGAAAUGCCACCGCGGCAGGAAAGAAGAAUAUCCUGAUUGACGUUGCCGCAAACCCGGGCGGAUACAUGUCCAUCGGCAUCGAUCUAUCCCGAAUCUUCUUCCCAGAUGCCUUUCCCUACACCGCGACGCGGUACCGGGCCCACGAUUCUGCCAAGUAUCUCACCAAGGCGUACUCGCGGGACACCGAGCUGGACUCGAGUAACGUUUUUGCCUAUAAGCAGAUGGUUCGCCCGGAUCAAAAGAGCGGCUUUAGUUCCUGGGAGGACCUUUAUGGUCCGCAUGAGAUCCUGGGCAGCUCCUCUUCUAGCUUGCUAGCUAACUUCAAUUACACCGCUACAUCGACCAACACCUUCCCCAUCAACGGAUAUGGACCUGCUUCUCUGAAUCCUAGUCAGCCGUUGUUCUCAGCGGAGAACAUUGCCAUUAUCACUGACAGUGACUGCGUCUCAACCUGUGCCUUCUUCGUCAAACUGAUGAAACGCCAAGGCGUCCGCACUAUCACCUUCGGCGGUCGUCCUAGCCAAGCACCCAUGCAAGGCGUCGGCGGCGUAAAGGGCGGCCAAUCGUUGGGUAUCAAUUACAUUAAUGGCUACAUCACACAAGCGAACCAAUUGAUUCAAAAGUCUAUCAACACCUCGUCGGCUCUCCUUACUCCAGCAGAGUGGAAGAAAUUCAACGAAUCCAGCCCCAGUUUGGCUCCAUCAUUCGCGUGGAGCGGCAGUGUCAAUCUGCGGAACGAGUACGAUCCAGACGAUGACCGGACUCCACUGCAGUUUGUCUAUGAAGCUGCCGAGUGUCGCUUAUUCUACACUGUUGAGAAUUAUUUGCAGCGGGAGACGGUCUGGCAGGCUGCUGCGAAGGCGAUGUUUGGAGGUGGGGAUUGUGUAAAGGGAUCCACGGGUGGAGAUGGCAGUUUGGGUUCAUGA